AAACGCACGACCGUUGAAAGCAAGUUUGUACGUUUGUACGUAUUUGAUCGUACAGUUUCAAUUUGAUCUUUCAAUCUUUCAGUCAAAAGAAAUAUGAACGUAAUAAGAACUGAAACAGCUUUAAAACCACAAAGGAAACAACCUGGGACACGAUUCCGGCAACAAUUCAACGUUCCGUUAACGAAACGUCAUUUCAAAUUUGAUAUCAAGACAAAGCGAGGAACAAAUUGGAAGUCGGCAACCACCACUUCCGCCUCCCAUUCGAAAACACCGAAAUUUCGUAAUGUCCAGGUGUCAUCCUCUCUACGAACAAGUACGUCUCGCAACUACGUUUCCAGAUCUGGAACGAAAACCACUACAGGGCCUAGUUCGAGUUUGCUGGAAUCUGCUAUUGGCAGCACCGUUGUCGCCAUAACAACCGGCCGAGGUGACGCAAGAUCAGAAGUCGGGAUAGCUUCGCUGGACAUCCGAUGUCCACAUUUGAUUCUUUGCCAGAUCAGCGAUUCUCAGACUUACAUUAACGCGUUGAGCAAAUUGUACUUGUUCGAUCCCAUGGAAAUUUUAAUGCCGGACACGAUGUGUGAAUGUACCACGGCGUCCAAUAGCGUCCUUUAUCGUUCCAUAAUGGACAAGUUUCCUGAAACAGAGCUAACGCCGAUAUCUCGUGUGCAUUUUAACGACACGAUCGGCUUGGAACGAAUCAAAUCUCUUUGCAACCCUGAAUACUCCUCGGUGGAAUUAUUUGUUAAACAAAAAUAUUACGCGUUAGCCGCAGCUGCAGCACUACUAAAAUACGUCGAAUAUGCUCAACGCAUUAUUUACACGCCACAAUCGAUGAAAAUCGAAUUUCAAGGAUCGCCAAAUGCUGCCACGAUAGAUUUGGAAAGUGCACGAAGUUUGGAGUUGGUCCAGUCACAAUGUGGUGAACGAAAUGUCAGUUUGUUAGGUAGCUUGGAUCGUUGUUUAACACCUAUGGGUAGAAAACUUUUACGCGCAAACAUACUUCAACCUUCUUGCGAGGAACAAGCAAUUCUCGAGCGACAAGCCGCCGUUGCCGAGCUGGUAUCCAACUGUUCGUUGCGUGCAUUAAUCCAGCCCAUCGUACGACGACUUUACGGUGCUGAUAGGCUUUUAAUUUUGUCGACGACACCUGCUUUACACGAAAGCAACGUGCAAACUGCAGAACAGAAUCUGAAUUAUGUUUUGUUGUUGAAAAACUUAUUAGAGGUCGUGCCUGAACUUGAAAAGAUAUUAUUAGCUGGUAAGAGUGACCUCUUAUGUAAAAUCCAAAAGAAACUAAAAAAUGACGACUUUCGAUUGAUGCGAGAAAGAAUCGUUGAAACUAUACAUCCAGAUGCAAGAUCCGUAACUGGACAUACAUCCUCGAACAUGCAACGUUGCUUUGCUAUCAGAGCGGGAAUUAACGACUUGUUAGACAUCGCCCGACAAACUUAUUGCGAAUUAAUCGACGAUAUGAAAAGCAUGGUGGAAAAUUUGGCAUCCAAAUACAAAUUAACUUUGUCUUUAAGCUGCAACGCUUCUCUGGGCUAUCAUGUCCAAGCGAUGUUGCCUCGAAAUUUAAAUGCUGAAACCUUUGAUCUACCAUCCGAAUUCAUAGAGAUAAGGAGAAACAAACGAGUGUACACAAUGACUACCAAUGCGCUUGCAACGUUGAAUCAGCAAUGUAAAAUUGCAUGCGAAGAAUUGCACUUGAUGAGUAACGUACUCCUGCACGACUUGCUACAGAGUGUUCGAGAAUACAUUGGCUGUUUAUUCCAAUUGAGUGCCGAUAUCGCAGAGUUAGACCUGGUAACAUCCCUUGCUCAAGUCAGUUCUCUUCCAACAUACACGAGGCCAUCCUUCGGAUCCAAAUUGGAAUUAAUUGAUUCAAGACAUCCAGUAAUGGAUGUUUUGGGUUUCGAUGGCCCCGUACCGAAUAACGUGAAUGCAUCGAUACCUCAGAACCUGUGUAUAAUAUCUGGACCCAACAUGAGCGGCAAAUCAACUUAUCUCAAGCAAAUUGUCUUGCUGCACGUAAUGGCGCAACUUGGUUGUUUCGUACCGGCCAAAGAAGCAAUGUUUCGUAUAACUGAUCUCAUUUUUUGUAAAAUAGCCAUUCGCGACGAUAUCGAAUGCAACGCUUCCACGUUUGCUCUCGAAAUGAAAGAAGCGCAAUACAUAUUACGAUCUGUUACGGCAACUUCACUCAUCAUUCUCGAUGAGUUGUGCAAGGGUACCGCUAUUGAAGAAGGUGCUUCAAUCGCGUGGGCUACAUGCGAAAAACUGUUGAAUACAACUGCUUUUAUUUUCGCUGCAACUCAUUUUACUUACCUAACGAAAUUAGCGGAUCUAUACUGCAACGUGACAAAUCGAUAUUUCGAAACAAUAAACGGGGCCCGAGGAUCGGAAGCUGAUAAUAUUAAUCAUCGAUUAACUUACACCCAUCGGUUGAAAUCCGGUGUGGCUCAUUCCGACGAUUAUGGUAUCGUUCUAGCUGAAUUAUCUGGCUUGCCAAAGUCCGUUACGGAGAAGGCACGAAAAUACGCUUCCGAACAAGUGGUUACCAAUCAAGUUACAACGAAAUCGAAUUCACGGGAAAAAACCUGUUAUAACAGUCUAGUUAAACUGUACGAGCUUUUGGAAACUAACAAAUUUCAUCAGAAACAAGUGACUUCGCUCAUUCGGUGUUUUGUCAAACUUUGGAAGCAAGGAAGUGGCGAAGGCACUGCACGAGAAAAUAAGGAAACAACUAAUGAAAACAAUAUUGAUACGCAGAAAGAUAACGAAAGUGAUAUUGAUACAGAGAAAAACGAUGAAAAUGACACUGAUGCACAGAAAAAUAGCGAAAAUGAUACACGGAUAGAGGAUAAAAAUGAAUACACGAAAGACGCUGUAUCUGACAGAACGAAUACAAUAAAUUCUGGAAUAAAUUUCGGAAAUGAAACAGAGCAACGUACGUAUGAAAAUGUAAUCGAAUCGAGAGAGAUUCCUGCUGUUUUAUCUCAUGCCACGUCAAGUGGGAAACGUAACGAGUCAUUGGAUGUAUCAUUGAACUGGAUCGACCGUAGAUCUUCUUCAGUAUCAGUUAAUAAGAUUUCGAACAAAUCUGACGAAACUUUAUCAUUGUCGGACAAUCUAGAAUGUAGAUUUCACAAAAACUUUGAAGGAUCUUAUAGUUCUAUGUGCUCAACUAUCCAUAGAACUAUUUCAUCUACAUCGUUUGUUCCAUCCGUGUUAUCGCCAGUGUCGCAAAUGUCAAUAUCAACGAUGGAAAAAUCAACGUCAGAAUUAUACGAAUACUGCCUCUCGGAUGAUGAUUUCGAUAUUUCACACAUUUCAGUCGUUACAAAUCAAUCGACGAUUAACGAAACUUGAAGUGAGUCACAGUACCUAUACACAAGUACCUAUGUGUUAUCUUUCAUUCUAUUUUUCCAUUGUGAUUUAUCUUAACUUCCUUUGAUAUAUGUUUAAGAAAACAUGAAAUACAAUUGAUCGUUUUAUUUAAGCAUAACGCUGUGAAAUGAGAUGAUUCGAUUUAAAAUUUAAUUUAACUUUAAUUCAAUUUAUUUUAUUUAACAGUUGUAAACUUGUAUCUUACAUCCAAUAUUAAAAUCCACAUAUUUAUUU